AUGGCGUUGACGGUCGCAGCAGCUGUGCUGCUGGUGCUCGUGGUCGGUGCCGUCUGUCAAGGUGCCGGGUCGGGGCCCGAGGCUGCGGUGAGGGGGGAUCUUAUCGAGCUCGCUCAGCGCUGCAACCAAACCGAAUCCAGGCGCGCCAUGGCCGCCCUUGAGCAAGUUCUUUACCCGUUCCAACCCCUUACACCAAGUGAGAGCUGCCCUUGGAUUGUCGAGCACGACCUUUUUUACGAGCUGAAUCGGGACGCGGACGUCACGGCCAAGGGUCAGCCAGCGUGCUUGUUUUGUGGCAAGGCCUUUGAGAAUGCUGUUUUUUUGGACCAGCAUUAUCCGCGUCGACACCUGCCCACUUUUCUCGACCUGCCCAACCCAGACCGUCGCCUCUGCUUGGCUGAUAGCUGCGACGUGCUUCAGUGUGCCGCCUAUUCUGAAGGCGCCGAGCUAUGGGCCUUUGCUCACCAGCCUUGUAGUCCCGGGCAGUACGAUAUGGCGCAGGUGCGGUGCCGAGCAACCAUUGACACGUGUUUUCCCGAUCACCCUCAGCACGCGGCCAUGGUGGAGCGAAUUUGCGGACGGUUGAGCUGUGCCUUUCACGAACAUCUUAAGCACGAAACUCGUCAUUACAGCGGGCUCGAGGUGACGCAGCUACUCCUGGCGGUCCUAGCCUCCUUUGUAAGCCUGCUCUUCUACCUCAGCCAGAUCCUUCCCGUUGCUCCACCAACCGUGCACAACACGGGCAAGACGAUUGAGGAAGUCAACAUUUCUGCUUGGCUGCGCACAUUGGCAGAGGGCCGGCAGCGUUCAACAAGCUAA